CCCUCUCUCAGUGGUCAGUGUGUUAUCGCGGUGUUGUCCGAGAGCAGCAGGUGUCACCCUGUAGGCCUGAGUGUGUAUGUGUGUGUGUUCUGCUGUGUGUUCUGCUGGAUCAUGCGUGUCCUCGUCUGACCGAGCCCACGUGUGUGUGUGUGUGUGUGUCUGUGUGUGUUUUCUCAGACGGCUCAGACAUGUGGAGUGUGUUUCUCAGUGUGUCCCGCUCCUCUAUCCCACGCUCCGGGAAAAGGUUUUUCCAGACCGGACGGAUCGUGUGUGAUCAACAAACUCAGAGAGGUGUGCGGUACAAGGAUGUUGUGGUGGGCGUCCCGAAGGAGAUCUUCCCGAGUGAGCGGCGUGUGUCGGUGUCUCCGGCCGGUGUGGAGCUGCUGGUGAAGCAGGGGUUCAGUGUGUGUGUGGAGUCUGGAGCCGGAGCCGCGGCGCAGUUCUCUGAUGAGCAGUACAGAGCAGCCGGAGCGAAGAUCACCGACACACACACCGCUCUCGCCUCACACCUGGUGCUGAAGGUGCGCGCGCCGGUGUUUAACGAUGCUCUGCGUGUGCACGAGGCGGAGCUGUUAUCGCCGGGCUCUACUCUGGUCAGCUUCAUCUAUCCAGCGCAGAACCCGGAGCUGCUGCAGAUGCUGAGCCAGAAGCAGAGCACUGUACUGGCCAUGGACCAGGUGCCGCGCGUCACUAUAGCACAGGGAUACGACGCGCUCAGCUCCAUGGCCAACAUCGCUGGGUAUAAGGCUGUGGUUCUGGCAGCCAAUCACUUUGGGAGGUUCUUCACGGGUCAGAUCACAGCGGCGGGGAAAGUUCCUCCAGCGAAGGUACUGGUCAUUGGUGGUGGUGUUGCAGGUCUGGCUGCGGCUGGAGCUGCUAAAUCUAUGGGUGCCAUCGUCAGAGGAUUCGACACCAGACCGGCUGCACUGGAGCAGUUUAAAUCGUUCGGAGCAGAGCCGCUGGAGGUGCACAUCGCUGAGUCAGGUGAAGGGGUCGGAGGAUACGCUAAAGAGAUGUCCAAAGAGUUCCUGGAGGCAGAGAUGAGUCUGUUCGCCAAACAGUGCAGAGACGUGGACAUCAUCAUCAGCACAGCGCUUAUUCCUGGUAAGCGAGCUCCAGUGCUGAUCAAGCGUGAGAUGGUGGAGAGUAUGCGGGAUGGGUCAGUAGUGGUGGAUCUGGCAGCCGAGGCUGGAGGAAACAUCGAGACCACCAAACCCGGAGAACUUUACGUCCAUCAGGGCGUCACACACAUCGGCUACACGGAUCUGCCCAGUCGGAUGGCCACGCAGGCCAGCUCUCUGUACUCCAACAACAUCAUCAAACUGCUGAAGGCCAUCAGCCCCGAUAAAGAGUUCUUCAACUUCGAGCCCACGGACGAGUUCGACUACGGGACGCUGGAUCACGUGAUCAGAGGGACGAUGGUGAUGAAGCAAGGUCAGAAUCUUUUUCCUGCACCGCUGCCCAAAACCACUCCACCGCCACCGCCGGCCAAGCAAAAGAGUGUGGCAGAGCUGGAGGCUGAGAAACGCGCUGUAAUCUCCCCGUUCAGACGCACCAUGACCUCCGCAGGCGUCUACACCGCAGGUCUCUCCACCGUUCUGGGUUUGGGUAUUGCCUCUCCCAAUGCCGCCUUCACUCAGAUGGUGACGACCUUUGGCCUUGCUGGAAUUGUGGGAUAUCACACGGUGUGGGGGGUGACUCCGGCCCUGCACUCGCCACUCAUGUCUGUGACCAACGCCAUCUCAGGUCUGACAGCAGUGGGUGGGCUGGUGCUGAUGGGUGGAGGAUUGACGCCCUCGUCUCUUCCCGAAUCUCUGGCUCUGCUGGCUGCGUUUGUGUCCUCCAUCAACAUCGCAGGUGGUUUUCUGAUCACUCAGAAGAUGCUGGACAUGUUCAAGAGGCCCACGGACCCUCCAGAGCACAACUACCUGUACACACUGCCAGGACUGGCCUUUGUGGGCGGUUACGGGGCGUCUGUUGCUGGCGGAUACAGCAUUGAGCAGAUGAUGUACCUGGGCUCUGGUAUGUGUUGUGUUGGAGCUCUGGCCGGUCUCUCCGCUCAGGGAACCAGUCGUUUAGGGAACGCCCUGGGAAUGAUCGGAGUCGCCGGAGGAAUCGCAGCCACACUCGGCGCUCUCAAACCCUCACCUGAGCUCCUGUCGCAGAUGUCCAUUGCCAUGGCAAGCGGAGGAACUCUGGGUCUGACCAUCGCCAAGCGCAUCGAGAUCUCAGAUCUCCCUCAGCUGGUGGCUGCGUUCCACAGUCUGGUGGGUCUGGCUGCGGUGCUCACCUGUGUGGCCGAGUACAUGAUCGAGUAUCCACACCUGGAUGUUCAUCCGGCGGCCGGCGUGCUGAAGAUCGUGGCUUAUCUGGGCACCUACAUCGGCGGAGUGACCUUCAGCGGCUCUCUGGUGGCGUACGGAAAGCUACAAGGUCUGCUGGAUUCGGCUCCUCUGCUGCUGCCCGGGCGGCACAUGCUGAAUGCGGGUCUGAUGUUGGCAUCAGUGGGCGGGAUGGUGCCCUUCAUGCUGAGCGACUCCUUCCAUACCGGCAUGGGCUGCUUACUGGGCGUCUCUGGACUCUCCACUGUCAUG